GUCAAAGUCAAAGUUGUCAAACACUUGAAGUUGAAAGGAUAAUGGCAGGCGAAAUGUUUUGCAAUGCCUUUCUUCAACGUGCAAGUUUAAAAAUAAAACAAUAACCAAACUUUUGUUGAGUGAACGUAAACAGUGAACUCUUUCUUAGUAAAACACAAAGACUAUAAACUGCCGUUGUUCCUAAAUCGUGUCGUUCGGCUUAAGUAAAAACAGUGGAGAUGACGUCUGUCAAAUCAGGUGAAAAUGAAUGUGAUUUAUGACAUGUGUAUGACUUCAAACAAUAUGUAAUUUAAUAAACCCUUCACAACAUUGUGAUAGCAAUACAAUACUGCAAGUCAUGGGCGCCAAGCCGAGCACCGCGAAUGGCACCCAAAGUCCGCGGACAAGGGCCUUUUCAACAAGUAGUAGCAGCGAAGUAGUUGCAGCUCCCGCUUUUCGCUUCAUGCGAGCCCUAGGAAACGAAUUGUCUAACGACAGGCAAAGGGCUCGAUCGCUUUCCAGUGUACCCGAUCUCCAUGCUAGUCACGAAACCCUUUCAAUGCCUACAACAGGGGCUAGUUUUGAUGUAUCAACUGGUGCUAGUCCCGAGACUGACAGCAGUUCUGCUGAAGAGGCUGGAAGUGUCUUAGGGUCUGGAGCAGCUAAUAUAGCCCUUGGAAGGGUCUAUGCUGCUCAUUCUUUACCAUCGCAUAUUUGGUCUCUAAAUGGCAUCAAAUGUCCAGUAUGCAGCAAAUUUGUGAUUCCUGAUGAUAUAGAAUGUCAUUUGGUGAUGUGCCUAACAAAACCUCGGCUAUCUUACAACGAAGAUGUACUGACUGAUGACAAAGGAGAAUGUGUCAUAUGUUUAGAAGAUUUAAGUCAAGGUGACAUAAUUGCUCGCCUUCCUUGCCUUUGUAUAUAUCAUAAGACGUGUAUAGAUCAAUGGUUCGAAAUUAACAGAUCCUGUCCCGAACAUCCCGGUGAUUAGCAGUUUGAAUAAAGAAAAAAAAAACAGAUAAUAGAAAUUGUAAAUAUGUAUAUAUUUUUUACUGAAUUGAGUUUAUUCAAAUAAUUUUAUGAAACAAAAAGAGUUGAGUGUGAAAUGUGAGUAGAAUAAAAAAAGAUCAGCGCAAAGAGGUUACCAAUUUGUUAUAAAAUCGAUAACGAAAAAAAUUAUAUUUUUGUCGAUAGUAGUGAUAAACCGAGACGAAUUUAAGGCGAUCGGCGUGAGUUUAAAAAUUUUUGACGCAGUUUGAGAAGUUGUCUGAUGUAUUUAUAUGAAACUUCUUGUUGAAGAGGAAGAAAUAACACGAUAGUCCUCGAAAUAAGAUUUUUUUUGGAAAAUAGUCGAUUAAAUUGAAAAAUUGUAAACUACUUUGAUUUUUUCCAAAAAAUAUGACUGAACUGAGAACGAGGGUUAAACAAAUGCUAGGAUGUAUCUAUACCAUUUUAUAAAAAG